AUGGAAGAGGCAAAAGAUUUCAGCAACAUGAAGGUGGAAGAGUUGAUGGGAUCACUACGAACUUUUGAGCUUAACCAAAAGAUUCGUCAAAAGGACAAACCUAACCCAUCAAAAGAAAAAGAAAAAACGAUUGCUUUCAAAAGCACAGAGAUGGAGACUCCUGAUGAGGGAGACAGUGAUAGUGAAAUGGCUUUGCUCUCAAAAAAAUUUCAAAAAUACAUGAAAAAGAUUGGGAAUAGGCAAACCAUUGGAAAGGCUCCUAGAGGUAAUUUCUCUUACUCUAAACCCUCUUUCUCUAACAAAAAGGGUAUUCAGUGCAGGGAAUGUGAAGGUUUUGGGCACAUCCAGGCUGAAUGUGCAAACACUCUCAAAAAGAACAAGAAAGGUAUGAUCGUUACAUGGAGUGACGAAGACUCGGAUAACAGUGAAGAGGAAAAAGAGAACGUUGCGUUCACAACCAGCGUUUCUGAGUCAACAUUGAGAGAGGCCAAAAUGGUGUGCCUAAACAAUUGUACCAAAGGUGAAAUCUCGGAUAGUGAUGAAUCCGAUCUAAAUGAUGAGUCUCUAGGAGAAGCAUACAAAAAAUUGUAUGAAUCAUGGGAGAAAUUGUGUUCUGAGAAUCGAUCAUUGGUUAGUAAGAACAAAGAUCUUUCUGCUGAGAUUAAAAUACUUGUUGAUCAAAAUGAAUUGCUUGAAAAUGAUAUUAAUUCGAAAAUUAAUGAAAUAAGCAAAUUGACAAAAGAUCUUGAGAAUCUCAAUAAGAAUGUUAGAAUGCUUAACCCUGGAUCUACUGUUUUUGAGGAAAUUCAGAAUGCAGGUCAACAAGGGCACAUAGGACUUGGAGCCUCAAGUUCUCAAAAAGUGCAAAAAACUGUGUUUGUUUCUGCAGGGUUAUUGGCACCUGAAAGUUCUGCUCCCACAGGUAUAGUGUCUGACUCAACAGAAAACAAACCUGUUGUUACAGAAAAAAGGUUCACUGGUCGUAAGAACAAAGGUAAGAAUACUGUGUUUAUUCCCACAUGUCACUUCUGUGGGAGAAAGGGACAUAUUAGACCAAGAUGUUUCACUCUCAUGAAUUUUGCUAAAAACAAAUACUUUGAAAAAUCGAAUUAUUUCAAAGAAAACAUGAAAGUGAAAAGAUCUAAAUCAAAAAAUGUUUGGAUUGAAAAGAAAAAAUGUUUUGCUGGAAUUUGUGAUGAUAGACUUCCUUCGUCUUACUUAUGGUAUUUUGACAGUGGUUGUUCUAGACAUAUGACAGGUAACAAGACAAUUCUCACUGACAUAAGACCUAUGCAUUGUGGAUCAGUCACGUUUGGUAAUGGUAUUGAAGGUAAUGUUCUUGGAAUAGGUACUCUUGAUUUUGAUGGGUUACCUAGAAUUAAAGGAAUUUUACUUGUUGAAGGACUUAAGGCUAAUCUCCUUAGCAUUAGCCAAAUUUGUGACCAAGGCUUCAUGGUCAACUUUGAUAAAGAAAAUUGUGUUGUGGUAAAUCAAGAUGGUGAGGAAAUUCUUGAAGGGUACAGGUCUAGAGACAAUUGUUAUACCAUGUUACCCUCUUUCAUGUGUUAUUCUGCCUUAGGUAACAAUACUGAUGUGUGGCAUGCCAAACUUGGGCAUAUAAACUUUAAACUGUUGAAAAAGUUGUCUCAUGCAGGGAUUGUUCGUGGCUUACCUAGUUUGGGUAAGGAAACUGAAGACAAGUGCAAAGAAUGCCAACUUGGUAAGCAACUAAAAAGCACUCAUAAAAGUGUCUCUGCAUUAAUACUUCGAAAGUGCUAG